UCUCGUUGGUGUCGUGUACUCUGCUGUGUUUUGUCGAUUUUGGCGGGCCGGGCUCUGCUAGCGGUACCUUUGUCUCUCGAUUAUCUGUAGUGUCUUUACAAAUAUCGGAGGGAUAAAUGAUGACGGAUAAGGAUGGCGAGGGCUUUGACGAUGCAGUGGAGGAACGUAUUAUUAAUGAAGAAUACAAAAUAUGGAAGAAAAACACACCAUUUCUGUACGAUCUUGUGAUGACACAUGCUCUGGAAUGGCCUUCUUUGACAGCUCAAUGGCUGCCAGAUGUCACUCGACCAGAAGGGAAGGAUUAUUCAGUUCACAGAUUGAUUCUUGGUACUCAUACUUCGGAUGAACAGAAUCAUUUGCUCAUCGCUAGCGUUCAGCUGCCGAAUGAAGAUGCGCAAUUUGAUGCUUCACAUUACGACAAUGAGAAGGGCGAGUUUGGUGGAUUUGGUUCCGUUAGCGGCAAAAUCGAAAUUGAAAUAAAGAUUAAUCACGAGGGUGAAGUCAACAGAGCGCGAUACAUGCCGCAAAAUCCAUGUGUAAUUGCAACAAAGACUCCUUCAAGUGACGUGCUUGUAUUCGAUUACACCAAACAUCCAAGUAAACCAGAUCCCAAUGGAGAAUGUCAUCCAGAUUUGAGAUUACGAGGACAUCAGAAGGAAGGUUACGGGCUCUCAUGGAAUCCAAAUCUUAAUGGAUAUUUGCUUAGUGCGUCUGAUGAUCAUACAAUUUGCCUGUGGGAUAUCAAUGCCACACCGAAGGAGAAUCGCGUUAUCGACGCGAAAACUAUCUUCACAGGGCAUACUGCUGUGGUCGAAGACGUAGCUUGGCAUCUAUUACAUGAAUCAUUAUUUGGAUCAGUCGCUGAUGAUCAAAAGCUUAUGAUCUGGGAUACUAGAUGCAACAACACCAGUAAACCAAGUCACACUGUUGACGCUCACACUGCUGAGGUGAAUUGUCUCAGUUUCAACCCAUAUUCUGAAUUUAUACUGGCCACUGGCAGUGCAGACAAAACUGUAGCACUUUGGGAUUUGCGAAAUUUAAAGCUGAAAUUACAUUCGUUUGAAUCACACAAAGACGAGAUCUUCCAGGUUCAAUGGUCGCCGCAUAACGAGACAAUAUUAGCGAGUAGCGGCACAGAUAGACGAUUGCAUGUUUGGGAUCUCAGCAAGAUCGGCGAAGAGCAAUCCAGUGAGGACGCCGAAGACGGACCACCUGAACUUCUGUUUAUACACGGAGGUCAUACCGCGAAGAUUAGCGAUUUUUCAUGGAAUCCGAAUGAACCAUGGGUUAUAUGUUCGGUGUCAGAGGAUAAUAUAAUGCAAGUAUGGCAAAUGGCAGAAAAUAUUUACAACGAUGAAGAACCCGAGACACCAGGCAGUGAAAUCGAGACUGGCGGUUCAUAACGCGGAAUUUAAUUAAUCGGUAAUUUAAACCAUUUUUAUCGAUUGAAGAUUAUAAGCGCUACAAUUGCGCGUCAUGUUGUUACAUCUUUUGGUAUAACAACUGAUUCUGAUGACAGCAUAGAUUUCUUUCCAUCGAGAAAUAAUAAUCCUCGCUUUUAAUUGAUCGAUUAUGCGAAAAAUGUUGUAAUUAGUAAUGCAUUUUGGAUAGAUAGCAUAAACAAUUGACAUUUUAUCGCACUAAACAGAUUUAUAUCUUCUUGAAUAGCAUGUGCAAAUAGCGAGUAUUAUUGUUUCGCGUGUGACGACUUGGCUAUGUUAUAAAUAACAGAAUAAACUAGCUAGAACAUCUGCUAGUUACACCUGUUACAAGUCAUCUUUUUGUAUGAAAGCACUAUUUCUUUGUUGCAAAGGAGAAAGCUCAAAUAAGAUUAGGACAUGCCAAGUACUUUUUCUACUUCGUUUUAAGCGUGAAUAAUAAAGGAAUGACCCAAACUCGAA